AUGGAGGACAUUGAUUUUUCCGAUCCUCGCUGGCUUUUGAAUUAUUUUCAUUUAAUUGGAUUGGUUUCAUUUAUUCUGAAUUCUAUUGGAAUUUAUUUUUUGAUAUUUAACACCAAUCGGUUGGGAAAUUUCAAGUACUAUUUGUUAUUAUUUCAGCUUUCAUGCGUUCUUACGGAUAUUGAUCUUACGAUUCUCGUGCAACCAAUUCCGCUUUUCCCGUUGUUUGCUGGGCAUGUAUAUGGAGUAUUAUUCACAUGGUUUAAUAUGCAGGCAAACACUUCUGCGGUCACUGUUGCAUUUGUGGCCGUAAUUCAACUAGAAAGCCUAAUCGUCUGUUUCGUGAAGAAGCAUCAAGGAGUUGCAAUUCUAUUGAACAAACAUAUUCUGUCAAAAUGCGUAAUAAACGCGUUAUACGUACUUUGCCUGAUUUUUCCAUUUUUCGUCUGCGCAGGUGCGAAUAGCAUUAGUCUCAGUCGGGAAGAUGCGCUGAUCUAUAUCAAGAAGGUCUAUCCGAAAGGGUACUUGCAAUUCUCAAACUUGCCGAAUUUCGUAGUUUAUAUGAAGUCUCAAAACACAAUAAUAUUUCUUGUGACACUUUUUUUUGCUGCAAGUUUUGGGUUCCUAUGUCUAUGUUUUACUAUAUAUGAUAUUAUUCGUAUGAUGGCUGACUUGAAACUUCGAAUAUCCAAAGUGGCUUACGAGAAGCAUAGCGAAGCUCUUCGAAGUGUGAUCAUCCAGUUUAUAACCGCUGUGUUGUGUAUGGCGGGUCCGAUGAUACAGGUUCUGAUCUUAGUUUUCGAAAUUCCACAAAUGAAUUUCAUAUCUGAAUUAAUAUUCGCUUGGUUCGCAACUCAUUCAUCAAUUAACAUGGUUUCUCUAUUUAUAUUUUUCCCGCCAUAUCGCAAGAUUAUUGCAAAGGGUUUAAAAAAAACAAAAGUGAACAUAAAUCUUCCCAUUUCUUCGAUGGGACUUUGA